AUGGAAGAAUCAAACGAAGUAGUUGAAGUCCCAAACACCGUAGAAACCGGUGAGGCAGUAUCUGAAAGCGCCGAAGUCAAGCCCGAACCACCAAAGAGCCCAGGAAGAAAGUCAGUGUCAUUCAAGAACGGAAAGAAAUACGCAAACAAGAAGUUCAUCCUGCCGCCGCCUCCCAGAGCCUCCCCGACCUCCAGCUCGGGUUUCCCGGGUGUUAGCUGGAACAAACGCAUGGGAGCGUGGUUGGCGUUCUACUACGACCAGGGUACCAGGAGAAGCAGAACUUUCCACCCGAAGUAUUUUGAAAUGAACGUUGAGAAAGCGAAACUCGCCGCCAUUGAUUUCAUGAAGAGCAUCGAAAGGCAUCCCAAGUGCAGCCUGAGAAAAAAUAGGCGAGAACGACACGAUUGGAGCAACUCACACUAUAUCAGAACAUCGCCAGAAUUCGACGACGAAACAGAACCGACGACACGCAGAAGAAGGAAACCGAUCAACAAGGAAUACAACCCAGACGGAGUUAAAAGGUCGCCCCUGAGCUGCUCAACACAGGCAAGCAUCGGUGAAUUGUACUUUGACGCCCUUAGACCAAAGUUCCUGAACGGCGUCAAGCGCGACAAGCAGAUCGAACCGAACCAAGUGAGAGUACAGAGAGUGAAGAGGGACAACGAAAUGAUGGACAUGACCCCGAACAUGUUCAACCACGGCCUCAUGUGGGGAAACUGCAACAUGUUCGUCAACUCCCAGGAGUACUGCCCGUCGCAAGAGUACUACCCCUCGUCACAGGAGUCGUCGAGCUUCAGCAUGCCCUCGUUCAACGGGUUCACGAGGAACUACGUAGACGACCAGAUGUACAUGGGCGCAGUGGAGCAGGACCACGAGCUGACGAAGCUGAUGCACUCGAUCCAUAACGUGGACCCACUCGAUAACAGCAUGAACUUCAUCUCAGGGUACACAUGCUCACCGACCUCAAUGAGCAGCCCGUACCUCUCGCCCUACACGCACUUCCGCACCAAGGAGGAGGCGGCCAUGUCGCCGAACGCAGGGUUCCAGAACAUGAUGAUGCAGCCAGACGGACAGCAAAACAACAUGAUGUACUCGCCAGGCUCAUCAUACAUUCUACCAAUUGAUUCAAACUGA